AUGUCUAUUCGGGGUGGGACGCGUAUUUUACACGAGAUAUCUAUCUAUGGCCAGUCUAUUAUAUCUAUCUAUCUAUCUAUCUAUCUAAAUCUCUAUCUAUCUAUCUAUCUAGCUAUCUAUCUAAAUCUGUUAAAUCUAUCUAUCUAUCUAUCUAUCUAUCUAUCUAUCUAUCUAUCUAUCUCUCUAUCUAUCUAUCUAUCUAUCUAUCUAUCCAAAUCUGUUAAAUUUAUCUAUCUAUCUUUCUAUCUAUCUAUCAAAUCUAUUUAUCUAUCUAUCUAUCUAUCUAUCUAUCUAUCUAUCUAUCUAUCUAUCUCAGUUUGUUCUAUCUAUCUAUCUAUCUAUCUAUUUCGGUCCCUUCUACGACCUCACUCAAUGCGGACUCUUGCUGAGAAACGUUUGUUUCCAUCUAUAUUGUUAUUGGUCUCCUUUCUCUCUUUCUUUUUCAAUCUAUCUCUCUUUCUCUCUUUCUUGUUCAAUCUAUCUUUCUUUCUCUUUCAGUCUAUCUCUCUUUCUCUUAUUUCUUUGUUUCGUUUACUUUCUAUUAUCUUUGACACUUUCUAUCUUUUCUUUCUUUUCUUCUUCUUUUCAUCUCCCAACCCCAGCUUCAAUAUCUUUUGCGACCCAUUAUCAAUUAUUAUCUAUCUAUCUAUCUAUCUAUCUAUCUAUCUAUCUAUCUAUGUCUGUUCAAAUCUAUCUAUGUCUAAAGUUAACCAAGAUUCUUUACUUAAAUAUCCGUGGAACUUGAUCUCUCUCUCUCUCUCUCUCUCUCUCUCUUCUUUUGUCUAG